UGGGGAUGCAAAUAUCUCUUCUAGACCUUGCUUUGAAUUCUUUUGGCUAGACACCCCGAAAGUGCAAUGACUGGAUUGACGGAAGGCUUUUGAGCCAGCCUGGCUACUGAGACCGCUUAGCUCCCUAACAGAAGCUGCAGCUGUGGGUAUUUGUCGUCCCUGGAGAGAAGAGACUCACCCCUGGGUUCUGUCUGCCUGUCCAAGGGAGCAGAGAUCCACCUCAGGCACACUGGGCCCCACCCCUGCCUGCCCCACACGCACACGCGUGCACGCACACUCACACGUACCCCACAAGGCCGGCCGGCUCUCAGUAAUUGGGCACACAGACAAGGUUCCGCUCUGUCACCACCUGUCCCACCCUUUUCCACACCACAAGAAGCCUGGAUCCAGACUCCUGGGUGCACUCUGAGCCCAACACCUGCCCCACCUGCCCACACCAAGCCUGGUCAGAAGCCAGGCCACCCUACAUGCCUCCUUUCCCACAUCUCUGGGCCUCGCAGCAUCAGGAAGCCAGACCCAGGCCCCUGGCCCAGGCUGUGCGCUUCCCACCCCUUCCCGCCAGCACCCUCACGGAGACUGGCCAAAGCUGGCUUUCAGAAAAACACUGAACAAAUGAGGUGAACAUAGGAGUAAUGGUUCUCCCACAAGACUGUGUGAGCAAAGGGCUGGGAUUGGCCCCUAUGGGGACACGGCAAAUGCUCCUCCCCCAAAGGUGACGUGCCUCCGAAUCCCCACCCUACCUUGGGGAGACAGCUGGAAUUAUCCUGGCUGGAAAGACCCGCCUUCUCCAGGACCCCUGCCCGGGGGCCACACCCUGCCAUUUCCCUUCUGCCAGCAGGACUUAAAGUCACAGGGCGAGGCGGGGCCAGGGUGGCCACCUGGGGCAAUGGGAGGGACGUGGAGCCUUUUACAGCCAGGGUCAAAGUCCUGCCCCGACUCAAGCCCAGGUGGCUUGUGCUGCAGCUGGUACCCAAGUUCUGGCCCCCCUGGGGUCCCAGCCUGCCCGGAGUCCUAGCUUUGCCACCCUCCCACCACCCCCCCAGCAUGGCCCGGAUGCUGCUGCUGCUGCUGCUGGGUCUGAGGCCACAGCUGGUCCUUGGCAUCAUUCCAGUCGAGGAGGAGGACGCAGACUUCUGGAACCGCCAGGCGGCGCAGGCCCUGGACACUGCUAAGAAGCUGGAGCCCAUCCAGACGGCUGCUAAGAACCUCAUUCUCUUCUUGGGGGACGGGAUGGGGGUGCCCACAGUGACAGCCACUCGGAUCCUAAAAGGGCAACUUAAUGACAAACUGGGACCUGAGACACCCCUGGCCAUGGACCACUUUCCGUACCUGGCUCUGUCCAAGACAUACAACGUGGACAGACAGGUGCCAGACAGCGCAGCGACAGCCACGGCCUACCUGUGCGGGGUCAAGGCCAACUACCAGACCAUUGGUGUGAGCGCAGCUGCCCGCUGGAACCAGUGCAACACGACACGUGGCAAUGAGGUCACUUCCGUGAUGAACCGGGCCAAGAAAGCAGGGAAGUCGGUGGGGGUGGUGACCACCACGAGAGUGCAGCACGCCUCGCCGGCUGGCACCUAUGCACACGUAGUGAACCGCAACUGGUACUCGGACGCCGACAUGCCUGCCAAGGCGCGGGAGGAGGGAUGCCAGGACAUCGCCCAGCAGCUCAUCUCCAACAUGGACAUUGAUGUGAUCCUGGGUGGAGGCCGAAAGUACAUGUUCCCCCAGGGGACUCCAGACCCUGAGUAUCCAAGUGACGCUGGACAGGAUGGAGUCAGGUUGGAUGGGCGGAACCUGGUGCAGGAGUGGCAGGCCAAGUACCAGGGUGCCCGGUAUGUGUGGAAUCGCACGGCGCUCAUUGAGGCAUCCCAGGACCCCUCUGUAACACACCUCAUGGGCCUCUUUGAGCCAGGAGACACCAAGUAUGAAGUCCGCCGAGACACCACCCAGGACCCGUCCCUGAUGGAGAUGACAGAGGUGGCCGUGCGCCUGCUGAGCCGGAACCCCCGUGGUUUCUACCUCUUCGUGGAGGGAGGCCGCAUCGACCACGGUCAUCACGACGGCACGGCUUAUCUGGCCCUGACGGAGGCUGUCAUGUUCGAUUCUGCCAUCGACAAGGCCAGCCAGAUCACAAGUGAGAAGGACACACUGACUCUUGUCACCGCUGACCACUCUCAUGUCUUCUCUUUUGGUGGCUACACACUGCGAGGGAGCUCCAUUUUCGGACUGGCCCCCAGCAUAGCCCAAGACAACAAGACCUACACCUCUAUCCUUUACGGCAACGGCCCCGGCGGCAGCUUCGCGCUCUUAGGGAUCUCCCGGCCCAACGUCAGCGACAGCCAGAGCCGUGAGCGCCGCGGGUGGGCGGGACGGUCGGCGCGCACCUUGCUGGCUAAGGAGGCUGCUGGGGCCAGGGUGCGGUACCAUCCACCCUGGGCUCCUCCGGGGGCCCAGCGGUACUAUUACACAGAGAGGAGAUGCUGA